AUGUCUGAACCAAGAGCUCGCGCAGCCAAAAACCGUGGUCAACAAAACUUCACCGAAGCAGAACUAAAAUCUUUCCUCCACGCUCACGGUGACGUCCAUCAUGCACUUGAAACUACGACCAAAACUCUCGAUGAAAUAGUAACUGAUUUCAUCAUCGAGCUCUGUUUUGAAGCAUCUCGCGCAGCCCAAAUAGCUGGCCGACAAAAAGUUAAACUCGAUGAUAUUAAAUUUGCUUGUCGGAAGAAUCCAGCAUUUUUGGGAAAGAUCACAGAGGUGUUCGAGAAGAAAAUGUUUAUUGAUGAGGCCAAGAAAACUUUUGAUGCGACGGAUGAUAAGUUGACGAAGAGUAGUGGGGGGAAGGUAGAGACGUUGGGAGAGGAGGAUGAUGUGGAAGAUGCGGUGAAUGUUGUUAAGGGUAGGAAGGGGAUGGGAAGUGAUUAG